UUACAGCAGCUUUAGUGUUUAGACUUUAGGAAAGAAAAAAGAAUGAAGAAAACAAGUUGUUCCUCCCAGGAGAGUCUGGCACCACCAGCAUGCUGGCAAGUAGGCUGCCAAAGUAAUGACAACACAAGAAACCUGCCUUCUUUUGCAAAGCUUUUGUACCAGUGAUUGUGGGAAAGUUUUGCAAUCACCAUAAGAAGGAAAUUCAAGGUUUAAAAAAAUGCGGCAGAGUGCUCCACUCCUUGGAGUAGGCAGCACUUUUGCUGUGACGUUGGGCUGGCUUCAAGCCUGAAAGCCCCAGGGCACGGGAAAGAAACAGCCUGACACUGCAGUGACACAAAGAAGACCUACAUAUCAGAUCUGGAGGAGCAAAACCAUGGACAGGCCAAUCACUACUGGCCAACUUAAAGACAAGUCACUCUUCCAGGACAGUGAUGGCACCACAGUUCCUGCCAAGAACAUAUGCCAUAGUUGUUCAAAGCUAAAGAUAUUUCUUGGAGCUCUAGCUUUUUCCUUUUUUGCCAAAGGAUUUUCUGGAAGCUACAUGAAGAGCAUGUCCAGUCAAAUUGAAAGGAGAUUUGAAAUCUCAUCAUCAAUUGUUGGCAUUAUUGAUGGCAGCUUUGAGAUAGGUAACUUAAUGGUAAUGGUGUUGGUAAGCUACCUUGGACCAAGAGUUCAUCGACCAAAAGUAAUUGCUGUUGGAUGUCUCAUCAUGUCCUUAGGAGCAUUUUUGUCAGUGAUGCCUCAGUUCCUAAUGGGACGUUAUAAUUAUGAAAGGAUAACUGUUACUGUGGACAACAUCUCUACGAGUGUAUCAGCUUGCUCCCCAGCAGCAUCUGAAGCCCAUCCAUUCACAGAUGCUACAGAAACACCCAGAGCAAUGAAAACUUUAGGAUGUGAGAAAACAACAAAUUCCUAUCUGUGGCUCUUUGUGUUGAUGGGGAACCUUUUACGUGGAAUUGGGGAAGCACCAGUUAUGCCACUGGGGGUUUCAUAUAUUGAUGAUUUUUCUAAAGAAGAAAACUCAGCAUUUUACAUAGGCCUUGUGAGAUCCUCGGGAAUGUUUGGGCCAACCCUGGGCUUCCUGCUUGGAUCUUUCUGUGCCAGUGUCUGGGUUGACAUUGGUCUUGUGGAUAUUGAUGCUAUCAGCAUAAAUCCUAAGGAUACUCGUUGGGUUGGUGCCUGGUGGCUUGGACUGCUUAUCUGUGGAGCAGUCAACUUCAUUGCUUCAUUGCCUUUCUGGUUUUUGCCUUACUCCUUACCCAAAGAAGGAGAGAAUGAAAACCUGAAGAUUAGUCAUUUGCCUGUUCAAGAUGACUGUAAAGUAGACCCCCCAGCUCAGCCACAGUUAAUGUUCUCAGAGGCAGUAAAAGAUUUCUUCCCAGCUCUCAAGAAGCUGUUUGGAAAUCCAGUUUUCCUGGUGUACAUCUUCCUCACAAUUCUGCAGUACAAUUCUCUUGUUGGGUUGAUAACCUAUGAGACAAAGUUUAUGGAGCAGCAAUUUAAUGUAUCAGUGGCAAGAGCCAUCUUUCUAAUUGGUGUGAUACUUUUACCCAUCACGAUCCUGGGGAUGUUUCUAGGAGGCUUUCUGAUCAAGAAAUUCAAGCUUCACAUAACUGAAAUGACAAAGUUUGCAUGCAUCACCUUUAUAGUAGCAUAUUUUUUAAACCUCUUGUACUUUACAUGCAGUUGUGAGGUGCUCCAGGUGGCUGGUUUGACUGCCCCCUACUCUGGAUUAAAACAUCUUUCCAAAAACAGCUUCAUGGCCAGUUGCAAUGCUGACUGCAGCUGCAAGCUGGAUCAGUGGGACCCUGUAUGUGGGGAUAAUGGGAUCACAUACAUGACAGCCUGCUUUGCAGGAUGUAAAUCAUCAACUGGCACAGGAAAGAAUAUGGUGUUUCGCAAUUGCAGCUGUGUGGAAGGACAAGGGCAUGGGCUUGGCAAUUCCUCUGCAGUCUUGGGACAAUGCCAAAGAGAAAGCUGUACCAAAGCAUUUCCCUAUUUUUUAGCAUUACAGACUACAUGUGCAUUUAUUUUAGCCUUAGGAGGCACUCCUACAUACAUGAUUAUGUUUAGAUCCGUUUCACCAGACCUGAAAUCCUUUGCUGUUGGGAUUGAAACUUUAGGUGGUAGAGUACUAGGAGGACUACCAGCCCCUAUUUAUUUUGGUGCCUUGAUAGAUGAGACCUGCUUGAAAUGGGGGACAAAAAACUGUGGGGGAUCUGGAUCUUGCCGGGUAUACGACACAAAAGCAUUCAGAAAUGUCUAUCUUGGCCUCAUUGCAGGACUACGAGCAGGAUGCUGUCUCUUAUACAUAGUGCUCUCUGUUUUAAUAAUGAAACGCUUCAAACCAGAUGGCAAAGAGAUGACAGAUAUUCAAAAUACAAAAAGAUCAGCCAUCAAAGAAUUGGCUACUGCCAACAAAAAUGAAAUUCUUCCUGGUGCAAGAACCUCAGAGGAGAGUGAGGAAACUUGUAUGUAAAAAAACCCAAGCUCUAAAUGACCAGUGAAAUUACUCUUGCCCAGUUGCUCUGAUGGCCUUUGCUGUGUGGCUCAUGACCAGGGCUCUUUGUUCCAGGCUGGAUCCCAUGGCCCAUGCUCAGGUGAGAGCUCUAAGGCCAUCAGUGAGCAUCCUCUGAACACAACUUCACAGACUCUGGGAUUUGGCUUGAAAACAUUAAACAAUCAAAAUGGAUUGAAAACGAAAGAAAGGGGUGUGUUAAUUUUGCAACAUAUCCCAGUAUUCUGCUUGAGUAAAAUUCCUCUGGGCUGAUGUAAGAAAGUGAUAGGUGUUUAAGUUCCUUUGAUCGGGGGUGGGGUGUGUGGUGUGCAUUUUUAUCCUAAUGACUACUGCAUUUAUACCACAUGUAUGUAGAUUUCCUUUCUUGUUUAAGGAACCUUCAGUAACCCUUGAAUUAUGGUGUUGAAAGCUUGCAGAUUUGUAUCUUCCCACAGACAGCCUAGCCCGGAGAAUAAAGGAUGCUUCCAACAGUCAGCACUGGGAAAAAUAGUCUCUAAAAAUACUUGAUGUGUGAUAUUUCACUGACGUCUCUCAUGAUGUAGCUUUACAAUGGGAGCAAACAUGCCUACAAAGAUCACUGCAGGUUUUUCCACCAUCAUCACAGCCAUUUUGCUUUC